ACACUAACAAUAUCCUUCACCCAUUUCAGCCAAUUUACGCAUUAGUUUCUGAACUACAUCAGACAAUCUCACGUAAAUCUGAUUUUGGUUUCAUCUCAGGCAGGUUCAUUUACAGUCGUUAAUAGUUUACUAUAAGCCACCAAUUUUCAAAGUCAUGGAGGAUAAAAUAGAAUUGGAGAGAAAUUUUAGUAAGGCAGCCACAAAAGCAAGGGCCAUGACUAACCGUAAACUGUUAUCAGAAGAAGAACGUGCCGAAUUACUCGGUCUGUUUAAACAAGGUACUAUGGGAGACGGAAAUGUGUGGAAAAUGUUCAAAGAAAAAAACUUCCUUGUCUCUGACACAACGAAUGUAGCGAAAAACGUUAAUUGGUUAGGAUUACGUGGAAUGUCACAAAUUGAAGCCAAACAAAAGUACAUUGACCUGGUGGACGAAUUAAUGGAAAAGUAUUGUGUGGUAUUUCCACCGACUCGUUAUGGUAGUAUGGCAUCUCUGUCGUCUGCUUGUACGACGUACACAUAUGUACCACCGGCAAGAAAAGCUUCUCAUGAAGUCUAACUUUUCGAAUUCGAUGGCAAAUGACAAAAAACAAUCGAUGAGGUCUUUGUA